AUGUUCGCCGCGCAGCUGCUGCGAGUGUCGGUACAUGAGCGGAUCAGCGCCGCCGCCGAAGACUUUCUGCUGCAGGCGGAGGAAGGAGAAGAAGCGGCUCGAGUCCCGGCGCUGAGAGCGCUGCUCACCGAGCGGCUAACGGCGGCGGCGGAGGAAAUCCAGCUGUCUUCAAUUAAAGAAGAGUUUCCCCCUCAGCAGCAGCAGUGGGGCCCCAGUGUGAAGCAGCAGGAGGAGCAAGAGCCCCCCCACAUUAAAGAGAAACAGGAGGAGCCAGAGCCCCCCCACAUUAAAGAGGAACAGGAGGAACUGUGGAGCAGCCAGGAGGGAGAGCAGCUUCAAGGGCUGGGGGAGGCUGAGGUCACAAAGUUCACAGUGACUUCUGUUACUGUGAAGAGUGAAGAAGAUGAAGAGAAACCUCAGUCCUCACAGCUCCUUCAGAGUCUGAUUGAGGAGAACAGAGAGGACUGUGAAGGACCAGAGCCAGGUGGUUUGACAUGUAUCACUGUCAAGAAACCAUUCAACUGCUACGAGUGUGGUAAAAUGUUUAGGUAUAAGUCAUACCUACUGGCACAUGUGAGGAUUCAUACAGGAGAGAAACCACAUAGUUGCUCUGAGUGUGGUAAAAGAUUUGGGCAAAAGUCAAGCCUGGUGGAACAUAUAAGGGGUCAUACAGGAGAGAAACCACAUAGUUGCUCUGAGUGUGGUAAAAGAUUUGGGCAAAAUUCAAGCCUGGUGAAACAUAUGAGGAUUCAUACAGGAGAGAGACCACAUUGUUGCUCUGUGUGUGGACAAAGAUUUGGGCUUCAGUCACACCUGGUGGAACAUAUAAGGGGUCAUACAGGAGAGAAACCACAUAGUUGCUCUGAGUGUGGUAAAAGAUUUGGGCAAAAGUCAAGCCUGGUGGUACAUAUGAGGAUUCAUACAGGAGAGAGACCACAUAGUUGCUCUGAGUGUGGAAAAAGAUUUGGGCAAAAGUCAAGCCUGGUGAAACAUAUGAGGAUUCAUACAGGAGAGAGACCACAUUGUUGCUCUGUGUGUGGACAAAGAUUUGGGUUUAAGUCAAGCCUGGUGGUACAUAUGAGGAUUCAUACAGGAGAGAGACCACAUAGUUGCUCUGAGUGUGGUAAAAGAUUUGGGCAAAAGUCAAGCCUGGUGGUACAUAUGAGGAUUCAUACAGGAGAGAACCAAUAUAAGUGCUCUGUGUGUGGACAAAAAUUUAGGCAUUUGUCACACCUGGUGAAACAUACCGUGAGUCAUACAGGGAAGCAGCCAUAUAGUUGCUCAGAGUGCAGUAAAAGAUUUAGCCGACGCAGUUGUCUGAAGCGACAUAUGAGAGUUCACACUAGAGAAACCAUUUAGUUGCUGAGUUUGUGGUUAAAAAAUGUGCUCGUCCACGCAAAAUAAUUUUGUUGCAGAUUUUGCAACAAAGUUGAGUCAAAAUGAGGAGAACAGAGCUGCUUUAAAACUGUCUUCCAAUAGCCGGGCUGUGUUCCAGCAAGCGAGUUUUGUCAAAACUCAGAGUUUGUUAAACCUGAGGAACGGAAAACUCUGGCUAAGAGAGCGAAUGAUAAUUGAAACUGUGAACCUAACAUGCUGGCUGGUAGGUUUUCUUUAACAAACCCAGAGUUUCUCCUCAUCUCCUCCCUUUUGCUGAACUUGAACUACUUAACGAACGAUGGGUUGAUCUUUUGGUGUUAACCCAAUCGAUUUCGAAGCACAAUUCAUUCAGUAUCCUCACGUCAGAGAGGAUGUUGAGACCCCAUAUAGAUCUUCUGUCAUUCCCUGGCGCCUACUUAGUAGAAUUUUUUUUUUCUUUUCUCCCAAUCUAUCACAUAUCUGAACAAAAUUUAAUUUCCAGCAUCUCAACAUCGCAGACAUGCUGUCUGACUCCGACCAAAUUCUUUGCAAAGUGUUAACAUAUUUUUGCGAACAGGAGUUUUCUGUAUAACAAGUUGAAAUAACCACUGAUGUUUACCAUGUUUAAAAUGUGAUUAAAACCAUUGAAUAAAAUAUAUGAUCACAUUUUUUUUUCAUAUUUUUUAAAAAUAGGAUUAAAACCAUAUGCUUAACCUUUCUGAACUAUUUUCAUCUGCAGCCACCUCAUUGUUGUGCCCAUUGGAUUGCACGUAAAGUAAACUUUAUUACACAUAAUUGCACGUUUUUCAUAUGCAAGCAACAAGAAUCGAAGCCUGGACGCCCGCAGCAUUGCUUACUAUUACACCAUCGUGUUACACAACAAACCAGCAAAGAAAAUAGCAUCAGGUCUUAAAUCAAUUAACUGUUUCAUUCAAUCUUACGUUUUGACUGAAUCCACGAAUCCCACGCAAACUCACCUUGUUUUCGACCUCCGUUUCAAUGGUGACUCGCAGUGUCGGAGCUCCAUUGAUAAUGGCUUUUUAUCGUGGCCGUAACUUAGUCAACAUACUGUGGAGUUGAUCUAACAAACUCAGAACAGUUGUUUUGGAACGGAAAACUCAGUUUUCAAUCUCAGGGUUGGUCAACUCAGGUUAGAUACAGAGUUUGUUAAACCUGCUUUCUGGAAUACACCCCUGGAUUCCCCAGGUUACACCCAGUAUACAAGCCUUCAUCUAAAAACUCAAGCAGAUUGCUCAUCUGCUCGCGUCACUAUUCAAACAAUAACCUACAUAUGCCAGUAAAACAACAAGUGAGAGGAGAGAGUGGACGUGAGAGUGAUAUAGGAGCAAAUCGCUCAGUUGUGAUGAGAUUAGAUUUAGCGGGGCUGUUGUGAAACACAUGAAAAUCAGUAUGUGACAGGUUGACAGCAUCACCAUGGAUUCAUGAUUCUUUACUUUGUGGCGAGAGGCUGUUAAAGUGACUAAAAGAUUAAAUGAUUAGUUUGAUCAUUUUUAAUAAGAAAAACUGUAAAGUCUGUAUGUACUGUAUAAUGGAGUAUGGCGAAAGCACAAAUGGGGGACUUGGUAAUCAGCCACAGUGCAAACCGGUGAGAGGCAGUUUUCUGAACAUCAGGUGUAUGAAACCGCGUAUUGACCCAUUGUUUUGUUGGUUUUAAAUACAAGUGUAAAAAGAUCAACGCACUCUUAAUCCUUGACGGACGAAUAGUUAAAAAUGAACCCGGUUAAGAAACGAACAUCUGUGAAUCAAUUCAACCCCAAAGUAACUACACAAGAUUAAAUGAUUAGUUUUAUCAUUUUAAUGAGAAAAGAUGUAAAGUCAUUCCCUGAAGUUCUUAAGGGCAAUGCUUCUUGUUGUCAGGUGAAAUGGAAUGUAGCUGUGGGCUCCAUAAUCCUUAUACAGUGCUGUGUUUACUUUAAUACUAUAAAGUUAUACAUUGGUCCCUCCCUCACUAUUUUCUUUUUGUUUUAAUUUUUUUGUAUAUAUAUGGCAUGUUUAUUUCCUUAAUCGAUUUGUAACUAAAAUUCCAUUUGCAGGAAGAGAUAUUGUCUCAUAUUUCAUAUUGUAUUGGCAGUAUUGGGUGAGGGGAUGGAAGAGAUAAAAAAGGAACAUGUUGCUUCUCAGAUGUUUGUAAACAAUACAUUUUUUUACAUUUCUCCUGUAAAAAUAUGUUUAAAAAAAAUAAAGCUUUAGUACCACUCUA